GCGCCCGAGCGCGUUCCGCGUCCCCGCCGCCGGGAGGAGGUGCCCGCACGCUCGCCGCGCGCUGGCCCUAGUCUCGGCCUCUGGGCGAUUUCCUCUGGACCCAAGCUCCCGCCCGAGGAGGAAGAUGCAGACCUUUCUGAAAGGGAAGAGAGUCGGCUACUGGCUGAGCGAGAAGAAAAUCAAGAAGCUCAAUUUCCAGGCCUUCGCCGAGCUGUGCAGGAAACGAGGCAUAGAGGUUGUGCAGCUGAAUCUCAGCCGGCCGAUUGAGGAGCAGGGCCCCCUAGACGUCAUCAUCCACAAGCUGACAGAUGUCAUCCUCGAAGCUGACCAGAAUGACAGCCAGUCCCUGGAGCUGGUGCACAGGUUCCAGGAGUACAUCGACGCACAUCCCGAGACCAUCGUCCUGGACCCUCUCCCCGCCAUCAGAACACUACUGGACCGCUCCAAGUCCUAUGAGCUCAUCCGGAAGAUUGAGGCGUACAUGAAAGAUGAUAGGAUCUGCUCUCCGCCCUUCAUGGAGCUCACAAGCCUGUGUGGAGACGACACCAUGCGGCUGCUGGAGCAGAAUGGCCUUGCUUUCCCCUUCAUUUGCAAAACCCGAGUGGCCCAUGGCACCAACUCUCACGAGAUGGCCAUCGUGUUCAACCAGGAAGGCCUGAGCGCCAUCCAGCCACCCUGUGUGGUCCAGAACUUCAUCAACCACAAUGCUGUGCUCUACAAGGUGUUUGUGGUGGGCGAGUCCUACACUGUGGUCCAGAGGCCUUCACUCAAGAACUUCUCCGCCGGCAUGUCAGACCGAGAAUCCAUCUUCUUCAACAGCCAUAAUGUGUCAAAGCCAGAAUCAUCAUCGGUCCUCACCGAGCUGGACAAGAUUGAGGGUGUGUUCGAGCGGCCUAGUGACGAGGUCAUCCGGGAGCUGUCCCGGGCCCUGCGGCAGGCGCUGGGUGUGUCACUCUUUGGGAUUGAUAUCAUCAUCAACAACCAGACGGGGCAGCAUGCGGUCAUCGACAUCAACGCCUUCCCAGGUUACGAGGGUGUGAGCGAGUUCUUCACGGACCUCUUGAACCACAUCGCCACUGUCCUGCAGGAGCAGAGCACCAGCAUGGCCGCUGCGGGGGACGUGGCCCCACUGAGGCACAGCAGGCUCCUGGCUGAGCAGGCGGGCAGCCUGGCAGGCGAGCGGACGUGCAGCGCCGGCCCCGGCUGCUGCAGCAGCAUGAUGGGCCAGGACGCACCCUGGACCGCAGAGGCUGACGUGGGCGCGGGCGGCUCUGCCAAGCUGCCGCACCAGAGACUCGGCUGCACUGCCGGUGUGUCGCCCAGCUUCCAGCAGCACUGCGUGGCCUCCCUGGCCACCAAGGCCUCCUCACAGUAGCCAUGGAGCCCGGGACCCAGAGGGGCGGCGCGGGGCGCAGAGCAUACCCGCUGGGCCAGCAGCUCCCAACGGGGAUGCUACUAAGAAUUCCCAAAUGAUCUGAUGCUUCUUUUUUUUUAAUUUUUAAUCUGAUUUUAUGAUGUGAUCUAAACAAGGGGUGGGGGGAAGAAGAAGCAAAGACCUAGUGGCCCAGCUCAUGGAAAAGGGGCUCCCCGCCUAGUUCCUGCUGUGCGGAUCUCUUCACUGAGUUUACACAUGCUUGUGUUUUCAACACUAUGUGUGAAUGCGAGGGUGUGUGUGUGUGUGUGUGUGUGUGUGUGUGUGUGUGUGUGUUUGCUGUGCAAGUGUGCAUGGCUGUGCGUGUCUGUCUCCAUGGCUGCUGUGGGCCAGGCCUUUGGGGCCCCUGCGGGGAGGCCUGGCUAGGCUGUUGGUGGCUGCACAGAGCGAGCGGAUGAACGGUUCCUCUUCCUCCCAGCUCCAGGCUGCCCACACCCAGACCUGACCCUUCCUUCCUUGCCUUCCUGCUGUGUCUUCUGAGACCAGUGGCCCCCACGUGGGCAGCUGACCCCUCACCCUAAGGGGGAGCUCACAGGCCCUUUGGCAGAGCUCGUACUGGAGGGGUCUUCGUGGUGACCCACCUUCCCACAACAGGGAUGGGCAGGGAAGCCUCCCGUGGGCAGAGGCCAAGGCCCUUGGUUGCUGCCACCUUCCCCUGUCCCUGGAGUCACCAGGUCCCUCCACUUGGGGCCAACCCUUCACAGGACCCAGAAGGGGGACACUUUGCUGAGAGCUCUGGGCUGAGUCCAUCUGUACCCAGUUUUGUGCUGGGAUUUUGGACACUUUUCACUAGUUUGAGCCUCUGUCCCCUCAUCCCCAGUGGGUGGCCAAGACCAGAGAUCAGAAGGGCUGGUUUUGUGCUCCUGCCCAGAGAGACAACCUGCUCUGUGGCCCCUUGAUGGCCUCACCCGCUGGGCCUCCAGGCCAUAUGGAUCACUCCUGUCCACACACACUCGCCCUUGUCCAGCAAGCAGACCCCACACAGCCCUCCUGUGGUGAUCGUAAGCCCAAGCACUAAGCCAGCCUGCAAGGAACUGCACCCCACCUCAGACUCACCUUGUCCUGUCGCCACGGCUGCAGGCCGACCACGGCUGACCCCAGGGGCCAUGGGAUAGGGCAUCUGAAGGGUCUUCCCUGCCCAGGAGGGUGUAGGGCCUGGGACCCCCGAGCAGCGUCUUGUGUCAUAAGAUACCAUUUCACUUUGGAUGAGAAAAGGCCUCUGGUCUGUCCCCUGUGAUCCUGUGAGGCAGAAGUCACUGGAGGAGCCCAGAGAAGCCCUAGGGAGGCUGCCAAGGCAGGCACACGCACACGGGGGGCUUCUGGAGGCUUUGGGGCUGGCCAAGGGCGAGGGGCAGAAGCCAAACUGCUCAGCUUCCUUGGAAAGGAAAGGCCCCAGAAGUGCCGUGCUUGUGCGAGCCGAGUGUUGACUCUGACCGAUGUCUGACCCUGAAUCCGGGAAGCAGGGAAGCGUGGCCAGCCUCUUGCACUGCUUUGUCUCCGAAAUAAACUACUGAAAUCAAACUGCAUUUCACACAUGUUUACAAA